UUACUUUAAAGUUAGAUCAGUACCAGGCAAUUAUUCAGCAGCACAAGAUGGCAUUUUCUUCUAGCUGAUGGUUUCUCUGUUCUAUUCAAUUCACGUAUAAUCUUUGUUGCUGUGAAUUUCUUUAUACAGAAGCACAGAGGAGUUCACUGAAAAUAUGGGCACUUUACAGAACUUCACAAAGGCUCUGGAAGAUACUUUCAGGAAGACAUUCCUUGAUUACAUGAAUAAUUGGCGAAGAAAUACCACAGUUGAAGAAAAUGCGUUGCAAGCAAAACUUGAUGAUGAAAACUUAAAUUAUGUCAUUAUGUAUCUCAUGGUGAUGAUUGGGAUUUUCUCCUUCAUUGUUGUGACGAUCUUAGUGAGCACCGUCAAAUCAAAGAGACGAGAGCAUUCUGAUGACCCUUAUCAUCAAUACAUUGUGGAUGACUGGGGCAACAAGUUCAAAAAUCAGACGCUGCUCCACCAUGACCUUAAAUGCACCAUCCAUGAAAAUCCUGGUGCAAAGGCUCAAGCAAGCACCCAGACUGCUUGAUCUGUGGGAGAAAUGGCCACUACCUGAAUGAAGUAGUACUGGAGAAUUCUCUCUCUCUCUCUGUUAUCUUAAGUCAUUUUACCUUUAAAAAAUAUAAAUGCUAAACAAUAUCAUAUUGUACAGAAACCAGUCUUCCCAAGCAGGGUGCUCUCCAGAUAUUGUAGAGUGCAAUUCCAUCAUCAGCAAAUACUUCCAGGCAAAUGUGUUAUGUAUUUUGAAGUCUAUAUGACUAAUGGAGGAAGAACCUUGUUUGUUUUUAAGGUUGCAGGCAGCAGCAAAUUUGAGACUCUUUAAGUGACCGAAUGACUCAGUAAAAACUACAAAAAUGUUGCUGCUGCUUUACUAAACAAGAUGGGAGGGCACAUCCAACCAGUACAAUAAUAUUUUCAGCCAGCUUCCCCGUUUUCAUCUAUUUCAACCACCUACCCAACUUUUAUAAAAAGCUGAACCAAGUGGCACAGCCCUCAUCAACCUUAGCACAAUGGACUGUAAAUGGAACUGUGUAUUUCAUAUUCAGAGACUGGUAUUUCCCAAUCAUAAUAACAAGACCAGGAUAUCCUACAAACUUGCUUGCAAACGAAUUGUAGCCGCUUUCACUCAUCAUCAUAUCAUGAACAUCAGAAGCAAAACCUGCAAGAUUCUGUCUCAAUAUUAGCCUUCUUUAAUGAAUCUGUGCAUGUUUAUUUCAGCACUCUGCAUAUUUGAUUGUUUUGUCACAAGAACUAAUGUUUCCUAUUCCGAAUUUGAGUAAGAUGUCUGAGUGGUUUGAGGGCGGGGUGUCCCAGCUGUGUAUCGCUUGGUAAUGAAUUGAUGGGUCUAUGGACCGUAAUAAAGAUUGUUGUUGUUGUUGAUUGUUUUGUUUAUAUGUUAUGUUUUAAAUUGAUUAUGUCAGCUGCUUUGAAGCCAAAAGGCAGGGCAGAAAUAAUUGCAUAAAUAAACAAAUGAUAUUUAUUCAUUCUUGCCUCUUAGUAGUGUUUUGGGCUCCCUACUUUUCCUAACAAUUAUUAUGAACAUUAUUAUUAGCAUUUCUAAACCUUUAGGGUGACCAACGCUGAUUCUGUCCCAUAUGCCUAGGUCAGUGGACUCAUCUAUUUGUCAUGGAUAAUUUUGAAGAUUGUUGUUGUUUAGUCGUGUCCGACUCUUCGUGACCCCACGGACCAGAGCACGCCAGACACUCCUGUCUUCCACUGCCUCCCGCAGUUUGGUCAGACUCAUGUUGAAGAUUGUA